AUGGAAAAUUGCCAUAAUACGUGGUUACUGAGUAAUUGUGUAUCAUCUAGAGCUAAUCAACUGUCAGAUCAAACCGAACAACCAGAGUCCAAUACCAAAGAAAAUAGUGAUAAACAACAAAAAAUAUUGAAAGAAAUGAGUCGAGAUAUCAUACCUGCAGCUAUCAAACACACAGCCAGUUUGAUAUUUUUACAUGGAUUAGGAGAUGUGGGACCAUCGUGGCUUCAGGCAUUUAAAAUGUAUCGUAUUCCAGAAAAAACGCCACAUGUUAAAUAUAUUUUUCCAACAGCAGCAAUUAGAAAAGUGACGUUAAAUUUUGGCAUGGAAAUGACGUCAUGGUUCGAUGUGAAAGGUUUAAGCCGAAAUGCUGUCGAAGACACCGAAGGAAUAGAAACAUCGACAAAAUUAUGUACGUCAAAGAUACUUGAAUUGGUAAAUAAAGAAAUUGAAAGUGGUAUUCCUCCAGAACGAAUCAUAGUCGGUGGAUUUUCGAUGGGCGGCGCUGUAGCGUUACAUACAGCUUUGGCUGCUCCUUGGUUGUUAGGCGGUUGUAUUGCAUUGAGCAGUUGGCUUCCGUUAGCAAAUACAUUUCCAGAUGCCAUUAAAGCUGCUGAUCAAAAAAUAAAUUUGCCCAUAUUACAGUGCCAUGGUAAACAAGAUCCACUUGUACAGAUAGAAUGGGCUAAAUUAACGUCACAAGCACUAGAAAGUUUUGGUUUUAAGAAUUAUCAAUUCCAUGAAUAUAAUAUGGAGCAUAGUAGUUGUGAUAAAGAAAUAAAUGAUGUAUCGGAGUUUAUUCUACGCGUAUUAUCGGACAACAAAUGA